AUGUCUAUGAAAGGUACUACAAAUAUGUUUUCACCACUUGUUGGCAAUGUAUAUGAUAAUAUAUAUGAUAAUAUAUAUGACAGUGCAUAUGAUCCUAAAGAAUUAAAAAUUAAAUCAAGUAACGAACACAAUAAUAUGUAUAACAACCAUUAUAAUAUUAGUCAUGUGAAUGAUUAUAAUUCGAAAUCUUUUAAUAAUAAUCAUAAUAUAAAAAACUUAUACUAUAAUUCCUUUUCACCACAUAAUCAAAUGAUAAAUAAUAAUAGUAUAUAUGAAGAAAAAAAAACCAAUCUUUUAUUUGAACAACACAAUUAUAUAGAUGAGACUCCAACUUAUGAUAUUAUGGAUGAAGAAAAUUAUAAAAAUUAUGAACACACUAUGGAUGAAGAAGUAAUGAAAAAUGAAUAUUACAAUAUUAUAAAAGACAAUAAUCUCAAAAAAAAAAAAAAAAAUAUUCAUCAUUUAAAUAAUAAAGAUAUUAUUAAUAAUAAUACAAAUCUUAAGCAUGAAUCGAAUGAACAAAUCCUUAUCGAUCUACCUAAAAAUCAUCUACUGAAAAAAUUAACCACAUCCAUUGUCAAAAGUAUUAAUCCACAACUAAUUUCUGAGUAUACUGAUGAGGAUGUUAUUUUGAUAAAACAUAAAAAUCAUAUUAAAAAAAGGACAAAUAAAGUAUCCACUUUAAAGAAAAAAAAUAAAAAAAAAAAUGAAAAGGAAGAAAUACAUAAAAAUGAUGAAGAUAAUACAAAUGGUGAUGAUAAAACAAAUGGUGAUGAUAAUACAAAUGGUGAUGAUAAUGAACAAAUAUAUGAAGAUCAAGAAAUACAUUAUUAUAAUCAGUUUGAUGAUGAAAUUAUAAAAAAACAUAAUAAACAUGAUAAACAUAAUAAACAAAAGAAACAAUAUAAAGAGUUUGAUGUUUAUGAAACAAAAGGAUAUAUCCCAUUAUCCAAUGAACAUAAACAAAAUAAAAGUGUUUGUUGUGUUGAUACUAAUGUUAAGUAUUAUGGCCAAGAAAAUAAUUUACCAUAUGAAAAAAAUAUUAUAUAUGAAAAUAAUUUAAAUGAUCAUCAAGCACAUUCUUAUAAUAACACGUUAAAUCAAUAUACAACAAAUUCAGAUAUAUUAAAUUAUAAUAAUUAUAUAAAUAAUGAAUAUAUCCAAGGAAUUUAUAAUACAAAUGAAUAUGACAUAAAAAAACAUUCUAUUUAUAUACCUAACGAACAAGUUAUGUUUAUAUCACCACAAGAAGAAAAAUAUCUAUAUAUGAAUGCAUCUCCAAAUAAUAUAGUUCCAGAUAAUGAUGUGGUAUAUUAUUAUGGUCAACAUGAUAAUCAACAAAUGAAUAUUAAUAUAAAUACUGAAGGUAAACAUAUAAAUAAUAAUAAUAUUAAUAGUAAUAAUAUUAAUAGUAAUAACAUUAAUAGUAAUCAUAUUAAUAGUAGUAGUAGCGUUAAUGAUGGAUGCUUUAAUUUCAAUAUAAACAACUUGAACAAUAUUUUAAACCCAUGUGCCAACACACAAAAUAAUAAACAAAAAACACAAAAAAGCUUCUUCUGUAAAUCUAGUCAAAAAAAUGUAAUAAAUAAAGAGAGUAAUGUAAAGAAUAACAAAACGGAAAUAUUAAUAUAUAAAAAUGACAGAACAAAUAAUUAUCAAAAUGAUAUUAAUAUUAAUAAUAAUAAUAAUAAUAAUAAUAUAAAUAAAUUUAGUUUCUUUACACCUACCAGUAAUAAUGUAUUUGUAAGAACACGCUCGUUAACACCUAAUACAUAUCAAAAAAAAAAAAAAAAAUCCUUCUUUACAUGUUCUCCUCUCAAAGAUAUGAAUUUGAACAGGCAAAAAUCUUUACCCCCUCAAUUAUAUACCACUCAAAAUAUUCCUGAACCAAUUUACACUCAUGAUAUUUCUUAUAAUUUACAUAAUCAAAAUAAUAUAAUACAAAAUGACCCUUAUAAUAAUAUGCACAAUAUUACUACUACUUUGUCAUACCCACUUGUCAGCUCAAAUUAUGUUCAUUUGUAUCCUUAUCAAAAUUCUAAUAUAAAUGAUCAAAUAAAAAAAGUAGAACAUUUCAAUGUUUCCAAAAAUUACAUGAACGAGUCAUCUACACAAACUCCCACCGAAAUAUCUAGCAAAUCUUCAAAAGACAACUCCUUCUGGAAUACUCAAAUUCAUUUAUUAAAUGAAAAAAUAAAAAAUAUGCAAACUAAAAUGGAAAAUAUAACAAAAGAGAAAAACGAAGUAAACGAAUUGUGUAAAAUGUAUAAGAACGAAUGUGGACGAUUGAGAGAACUACUUGUAAAGGAAAAUUAUAGCAAGUACAAUAUACUUCCUAGUUCUAGCAUUGAUUAUGAAGAAGUGAAUUUAAAAUUAGAAGAAGAAAAUGAGAAAUUAAGAAAACAAUUGGAAGCCUUAGGAAAGACCAUUUUAGCUAGCGAUGAUAUAAAUAGUAUAAAAAAGAAUUUAGCUAAGCAUAUAGUACAUUUAAAUGAAGAGAAUGAAAAAUAUAGAAAUGAGAUAAAAUUAUUAAAGAAGAACAAAGAUAUAAAUAAUCAAAUAUUAUUUACAUUAAACAAAACAGAGGUUUCAUCUGAUAUGAUAGAUAGUAUAUUUAUGCAAACAAAGAAUGUAAUUAUAGAGGGACAUGAAAAUAUUAACGUCUUUUAUUUUAAUAUGAAAAACUUGGUCCAGCAAUUUUUGGAAAAAAUGAAAUAUAUCAUUAUGGAAAACGAAUACACAAAAAAGGAGAAAUUGAAAUAUGUUGUUGAUUUGGAAGAUAUAAUUAAGAAAAACUUUCAAGAGAUAAGUCAAACGGUGAUAAAAAUUAAUAACCUACGAAAGAAUAUGAAAAGUAUAAGAGCGCAGGUUUUUGAUACAGAUAGAGUAAACCCUGAAUGUUUGUGUAAACCUUCAAGAUCCAUUCUAGAAAAUGACAUUAAACAAUUAGAAGAGGUAUUGCACAAACAUUUUAUUCUACUGAAAAAUUUGAGAAAAAAAAACUUGUCGCUAAAUUUGAAUAAUCUAUAUGUUCAUUUUAAUAAUGAGGAUGAUAAGAAUGCAUACUCACACGAAUCCUUUAAUCUCUCUUCCGAAGAAUUGCAAAUUAAUAAAACUUAUGAUAAUCAAGACACAAAUAUAAAUAUACAUCAAAAAAAAAAUGUAUCUUCUAAAAAUUUAUAUGAAUCUCAAAAUAAAAAGAGUACAGCUGAUGAUACAAAUACCAAAAUUGAAAGAGUUGAAAAAGAUGAUAUAGUUGAAAAUGAUAAAAAAGAAAAGGAAUCAUAUGAAGAAAAAAACCAUAAGAUGAAUAUAACCGUUGAAGAGAAUAAUAUUUUAGUAGCUGAAGAUACAAAAGAUGAUAAAAUAUUUCACGAGAAAUUACACGAAAAGAUAAAAAUAAUUGAAGAGCAACUCAAAUCUCUAAAUGACCAUAUAUAUUGCAGUAUGAGUGAAAAUGAAGAAGAUGACGAAAAAACAAAAAACACUAAGAAAAAUAAUGACCUUAUGGAAUACAAAAUAAAGAAUAAUUUAAAAGAUAAAAACACCUCUCCUCAUAUAAGAAAAGAAAUUUCAAGUACAUAUGAAACCAAAACAAAAAAAGAAAAUGUAAAUAAUAAAUUAAUUAAGAAACAAGAAAGUGUCCAUUCAAAGAAUGCCUCUUCUUGUUCUUCUGAAAUAUCGUCUUCUUGUGAAGAAACGGAUAAUAUGUCAUCUAAUAAAAAAGAGGACUGGAAUAAUGAUGAUGAAGUUGAAAAGAGCAAGAAUAAAAUGAUUGAACUACUAGCUCUUUUAAAAGGAAAAGACAACGAAAACUUGGUUGAAAAUACGAAAGAACACAUAAAUUUAUUUGGGAAAGAUCAAUGGGAGAAUAAUUAUAAUUUGAAAAAAAUUUAUAAUAAUUUAAAGGCUAUAAAAAACACCAUUAAAAACACUGAGGAUGACACAGAAAAAAAUAUUUUAGCACUUAUUGAAUCCCAAGCGAAUGAUAUCAAAAUAUUUGGAAAUUGUAUAGAUGAUUUAAAAAGUACGGUGGCACAAUAA